AGCAGGAAGAAGAGAGAUAAACGCGGAACGAAGAGUCGCGAGCUUAUCGUUAGAGCGCGUGCUGGUCGGUAGGCUCGAUUACGAUUAAGUAAUAACGACGCGAGACAACACGCGGGCUGAUACAGUCGCAUAGUAACGUUCGCCGGCGUCGAACGCGCGCGGCCACGAUUCGAAUUUCCCGCGUCUCGCAGGGAGCGCCAAUCGCGGGGCAGGUUGCCCGUAGGCGCGUAACCGCCAAUCGUUCGUGAUGCUGCACACGAGGACGUUCGCCGUCGUCGCAGCGUCGCCUCUGCCCGUGGAAAAUGUCCUGUCGAAAUGGUUGCCCCGCGUGUUCGCCGGCCAUCUUGUGUCCACGCGCUCCAUCGGCGACCGUGCCCUUAACCAUGGACAGAUAUCUCGCGAGGUCAUGCUGCAGAACUACCAGAAGAUGCGACAGAAGUACCAGUCGAAAAAGCUUCCUCAAGAUGUGAACCCAAAAGGAGUAUUCGCCUGCAACGAACUGGACUUAAGGGAGGUUAACGUGUAUGGAUUCGAUUAUGAUUACACGUUGGCUUGUUACAAACCAUCCAUGGACUACCUAUUAUACAACCUUGGCCGUGACAUGCUCAUUCAAAAGUACAAGUACCCGGAGGGAAUCAGCAAGCUCGAGUACAAGAAGGAUUUCGCCGUUCGUGGCCUCCAUUAUGACAUCGAAAAGGGUUUACUCCUGAAACUCGACAGCUUUUUGCAAAUUCAAUUUGGCACCGUUUACCGCGGUUUACACCCACUACCCGACGACGAGGUACUCAGGCUCUACAAGAACAGGAUAAUACCGAUCGCUUACGUAGAAGCACCCCAUAAACAUUCUCAUAAAGAUACUCCACAUCGAACGAAAAUGGUGCAAUUAGCUGAUUUAUUCUCGGUGCCCGAAAUGUGUCUUCUGUGCAACGUCACGGAAUACUUUCUUAGGAACCAUAUCGAUUAUCAUCCUGAAAUACUUUUUAGAGAUGUGAAGAACUCCGUUCAGAGCUGCCACCCCAUAAUGCAUGGAAUGGUCGUACAAAAUGUCUCCGACUAUCUCGAACAAAACAAGGAUCUAAAAAGGUUCUUCGACCGACUCAAAGCUGCCGAGAAAAUGAUGUUUUUAGUUACAAAUAGUCCUUUCCACUUUGUAGAUACUGGAAUGAGAUUCCUAGUGGGAGAUAACUGGAAAGAUUAUUUCGAUGUGGUGAUAGUUCAAGCGAGGAAGCCAAAAUUUUUCACGGAGGAAUCUCGACCUCUACGAAUUUACGACGAAGUGAACCGAACACAGUUAUGGGAUCGAGUUACGAAACUAGAGAAGGGUGUUAUUUAUCUAGAAGGUACAGUUAAGCAACUGCAGGAUAUGACCGGUUGGCGAGGGCAACAUGUAUUGUACUUUGGAGAUCACCCUUACAGCGACUUAGCUGACGUAACUUUGGAACAUGGCUGGCGAACUGGUGCCAUAAUCAAAGAAUUAACGCACGAGAUAGCAACACUGAACAACCCAAAGUUCAAAGAGAACGCGAACUGGCUACAAAUGUUGACUGGUUUGAUCGAGGAUCAUCAGGAUUACACAGGACCGGAUGUGCAAGGUGUAUUGGACGAAUGGAUCAAGGAACGGGAUCAACUGAGAAACGAAAUAAAACGAGUGUUUAAUAAACAAUUUGGAUCUGUAUUCAGAACGUAUCAUAAUCCUACAUACUUUUCGAGACGGCUUUUUAGGUUCGCAGAUAUUUACAUGAGCUCGAUUACAAAUUUAUUAGAAUACUCAACCAGCCAUACGUUUUAUCCGAGAAGAGGCGUGAUGCCGCACGAAUAUACAAGUUACUUCGUAUAAUGUAUAGUUCUAGGUUUAAGCUUGUAACUAGAUUUAUAUUUUGUGUUUUUGGAACGCGUUAAAAUCAAAAACUGCGUCUACACAUAUACUGUAUACUGUGUAACGUUAUACUCAUAGGUUAUGAGAUUUAUUUAAACAAAAAUUAUGUGACAAUUGUAGACAUAGGUCCAUGUAAAUAACUCUGAUCAUACACUGUCAAAAUAAUACCAAAAGAAUUUGUGAUCUUCUAUCACUUAAAUAGCUGUUCAUUUCAGUAAAAAAAUCAGACAGAAUAUUUUAUUGUAAAAUAAUUGUAAAAAUCAAGUUGUAAAACACUGUUGUAUGCCUUUUAAUUUUGUUGUAUAGUGUAGACGCAGAAAAAAUGGAGCAACAAUCAGAAAUGACCCAAUUAAAAUUUCCCCAAAAUAGCGCAUUUUCAAUUUAUGUAAAUAAAAAGAGAAUGUUAGACUGUUUAACGUAUUAGUAAAUAUUUGCAGUGAUAUUUUGUUCAGGAUAUUUUAUUGUAGAUAAAAUUUAUGUUUAUUUGUUUAACUCUGUCGUUACGGGAGCGUAUAUGUACGUCCUUUAGAAACAGAUGAAUAUUUACGUAUACGUACGCUCUUGAAGAACGUACUGUUGAUUUUUAAGAUCAAACUAGUAUUAAUUGUUAACUUAGAGAAAAUGUUUAUCAAGUGUUCGAAAUUCUUUGAUUUUUAUGGAGCUUGGAUGUCGUGUGACAGGGGCGGAUGCAGAGGGGCAAUGGAAGCAUCUUUCAAAAAAUUAUAAAAGAUUUUAAAAAUUCAUUUAUACUCAUAGUUUUUGUAAUUUUGUAUUACAAUUUGGU